AUGCAUACAGUUGUCGAACUAAUGGCGGAGAGAAAGGACGAGGAAAUUCGAAAAAGGAACAAGGAAAUUCCUUCCUGGGCUCCUGGAGGGGCAGAUUAUGAUCCAAACCUUCCUUAUGGGCCUAAAGUUUAUGUAGCAAGACGAAAAAAACCCGAUCCUUGGUGGGUCACAGCAAUCGAGGUACGAAUGAUCGAUGUUUCCUAUGGCAGAAGUUGUUGUGUUAAUCAGCGUUAUUUUAUUAUUUAGCCUUUGCCACAGGAAUGACCUGUAUUCCCAUUUUCUAGCGUUUAAUAGUUGUUCCCCAUUAAUUUGGUCGGCCUCGUACACUGUGUGAUUGAAAAAUAUGCAUAGUGUGCGCGGUUGAAUCCCCCCCUUAAUUUUGUUUUGCAUGGAAAUGAGAAAGGGGCUCGGGCCCGCCGCGGGGGUUCUGUUUUGCUAAUUUCCCCUCAACCUCUUAUAAGAAGCUUGAUAUCCUUCUUGUCAAUUAAAGCCGAGCUUUGUAGCUUACAAACAGUCUGUAGUUUGUGAUUAUUUUCAUAUUUUGUCCUUUUCAUUCAGAUUUCUGUCGUCGUUGGUGUUCUGUUGUUCUUCGUCUACAUGUAUUUUUACAUGGAUCAUCUUCACUUUCACGUCUUAAAUGCGUACGCCAACGUUGGGGUGUCUCAUGCACAGCAUCAUGUUGCUCAUAAAUACCUCAAUGGUAAGAAAAUUUAUGUGAAUAAUAAGAACUUCGCUUACGUUCUUAGAACAAUUUCGAAUAUUUUGCCAUUGAAAUAUUAUCAGAUAAAAAUUUAACAUUGCAAGCAAAUUAUGCCCGGGUUUACUUAAAACCCGGUGUCCGGAAACCCCACGCCGAACGCCGAAUAGUGAUUAGGGUCAGGAAACUGAGUGUAUCAGUUUCCAUGUAGGGUCAUUAUGCUGUGAAAAUAGACCUGAAACUUGAUUCACUCAGUUUCCUAACAUUCAGCAGACUUGCCAAGUCUAACAACUUUGUCGUGGGUCUUAAGGUUUUCACCCGGGGCGGGCACUUGGGUAUUUUUUGGGUGGGUAUGUGCCGCCCGGGACUCCAAAUUGGCACCCCGUUCUAAAAUAAACUUCCCCUAAAGAAAUUGGCCAAUUUUUUAGACCCCGUUCUACAAUUCGCCCUAAAACUGAUACCCUGUUCUAGAAAUGGGCCAAUUUUUUAUGCUCCGCUCUAGAAAGUUUGUAAAUUGAAAUAGCCCUGUUUUUUUAAAAGAGAUAUUUCUUUAUUUCUUCGACUUAUACAUCAAAUAAAUGCUUCUUCAUAAUCAUCUGGAGUACAUAUUUUCCUGUGCAUGUGGAUACAAUGCGGUUAAUUAUGAUGCAAAAUCUCUCACCACGCACAGAACCACCCUCGUAAGCUAAUGAUUUUCCUUCUCCUCCCCCUGUCUCUUUCUUUUGAGCCUGUCUCCAUCUCCCUCGGGUACAUUAUGGACUCGUUUUAGACUUCCGCACACCUAUUUAUCCAAGAUGGCAGAGUCAGUGCUCGCGGCUCGCGCCAAAAUACACCCGCCCUACAUGCUACAACACAGGGUGCAACAAGAGUACAACAGUUUGCUUGUUAACGCAUUGAACCGUAUUUUUAAAAGCAAUCUGUCCUUGAAUAAUUUCAAAUGGCUGCCCCCCAGGGGUUUUCACGACCUAUCUCACACUCUCAGGAGUUGGCAUCUGAUUUCUCACACUUUCUGAAAAAGUCAAACUCCAAAAAAUUUUGGAGCUGUAGGGUUCGUUUUGAUCGAUAGCUAACUCAAUCCAAAUAAAACCAGUGUUCUCACCAGGCCGCGGCCUUGCGGGAUUCCCGCAAGAAAAACUGAAAUGGCACAUUAAAACCAAGAAGAUGCGCCCGUUAGGGCGCAGGGGCAAGCUACGAGUGAAACGGACUUAAGUAGUUUUUAUGGUCAACCUAACACUAAAGCAUUCUGUUUGUUUGAAUAAAUAAAAAACAUGAUAUCAAAUGAGUCGAAGUCUUUAAUUUUGUUGCCUUUACUUUCAUUGGUCCCACGCACGUCCCACUACAUCGUAAACUCCUCCUCCGAAUCGUAAACACCUCUUCCGCCAUAUUGGAUCAGGUAGGUACUUCAUGUAACAGACAAUUUGGAGUGCGGGCUCAGGUUCUUCGUACCGCGUGUUUUUUGUAACUUUGUCCCCCUAAUGUUCUUACAGGGCCCCCAUUUCUCAGAAGAGGGGGCCCUGGGACUCCCCAAGGCAAAAUCCUGGUGAGAACACUGUAAAACAUUUAGCAGUCACUCUUGAUUACAUUCUUUUAGCCUACCGCGACUUGCCGCUGCCACCAAAUACACAGACUUACUGUUUCUCAUGUUUAAAGAUGACCACCAACAAAACAUAGAAAUUAAAAAACCUAAAUUGUAAAAUUGAUUGUGAUAUUUAAUUACCGCUCCAGUUUUAAAGUGAUAUGUAGCGUCUAUUUAGUUGCCAGUUGGCGCCCAUAAAGAAAAGUUAAUUUUGGACCCUGAUAUGUAACUUCCAAUACCCAUAAUCCCCCCUGGAAGUCCUUCCACUUGGAAAUUUGGGACAUCUAAUAACUCUUUACCCAUUUCUCACUACUUUGUCCAGCUCUAGGUUUAGAAUCUCACAUUUUUUGCCUUUUGGGGGUUGGCAAGUCUGCUUCAGAGUCAUUUGGCAUUCGGGGUGGGGUUUCAAGAUUCCAGGUUUGAGGCAAACCCCAAAUGCCCAUAUAGGUUUGAGCUGUUACCUGAAAAGAACCAGGGGAAUGUUAGGAUGGUGUCAGAUUCAUAGGGUGUGUUCCUUUUGGUGAAUGUGAAAAUGGAUUAAUAAGAUCUAAAAAUGGAUUUUGCGUUCCUUUCUGAUCUGGUGGAUCCUUUUUCAAAAAGGAUUCGUUGGAUUUGAAAUCUGAAAAUUAAUCCAAAUCCAGAUUAACAGAUUAGUGAUCUAUGCUGUUCCAUUCACAGUGGACUCAAAAUUAAUCAGUUGAUCCACUAUAUAUACCCAUAGAGUUUCCUUGUUGCUGUAAAACAUCUGAAAACACUGGAAGAUUGUUCCUGGUAUCAGUAAAAUAUCCGUUAAUAACUAUCCAUUUGUUGUUAAAAUAUAUACAUGUAAAAAUGAUGUAAAAGGGAAAUGAACUGCACUGAAUCUUUCUACAAACUCAUUUGUAAAUGUGAUAGUUACUCAGUCGUGUUACAUAAAAAAAUCCUAGCUACGAAACUGAGCCAGCAACCUUUACAUAUUCUUGAAGAAAUUUAUCAGGCUAGUGAAGUUAAUAUCGAUUUAAAUGUUCUCAAAACAUAGCCAGUCUUAACGUCUUAAUGAUGCUGACAGUUUAUGUAUUAGAUCGAACACUGCUACUAUGAACAGGGACGAGGGAGCCUAUCAGCUUUCUCCCAUAUGGACACAAGUGAUCUCCACCCCCAAACCAGGGGGGAAGGGGGUGUCUGCAGAGUGACUUUGCGCAUUUAUCGCAAUAAUUAACACCUUCAGAAGCCUAUUUAAGGCUUCUGACACUUUUAUUGUUUUCCAAGUUUUGAUAAAGAUGGCUGACAAUUAUCGAAACUGUCAGCAUCAUUAAGACGUUAAGACUGGCUAUGUUUUGAGAACAUUUAAAUCAAACCUUUACAUAAUUUUCAACUUUAACUUGCUUCUUUCUUGAUCUGUUUAUGUUCCUCUACAUCGGUGGUAUUUGAGUUGCUGACUACAAAAUUUUGCAUGGUGUAAUAUUUGUCAAACAGUAGAAAACACAUCAUUUCUUAAGAGGAGGCUGUCAUAUUGAACGCUUUUGCAAACGUUUAAUUACCAAUGUUACAGAUCUAAUUUUGGAUUUCACAUUCCUUUCGAGUGUGAAAUCAGGCAAAUCUAGGAUCAAAAAUCCACUUUUGGAUUUGCCGAAAGGUCAACAUACCCAUAUUGUAUGUUAAGGAGGUGAAGAGAAAAAAAUAUUUAUUUCUUGGUGGCUUCAUUUCAGGACACGGAGUUGCAAAAGAUGAAAAAAUGGCAUUUUAUUGGUUCAGGUUAGAUAAUAUUUUUUCUUGUGGGUGUUGUAGUUUAAUGUUAUUUUUUGCUCGGAUUGUAUUUUCCUUUGUUUUUGGGUAUUGCAAUGUUUAUAAAAUGAGUGUAAAACAAAGGAAAACAAAAUUGAACCGAGAAUGAAUUAAUUGAACCACAAUGUGUAAAACCAUUAAUGUUAUAUCUGAUGAAAAAUCCUGUCUAGGUUAUGCCAGUGAACUGAAGCAUUUAUGUUAUUCUUGAGAUCUCAGUACUUAUGGUUUUAUAAGAGUUAUGUAUUUAAUUUCAGGGAGGCAACCAAAAAUGGCCAUGGACAUGGGGCAUAUAAUCUUGUUGCUGGACAUUUACAGGGUUAUAACACAGAUGUCGAAGAACAGUAAGAUUCUUUUUUGUUAAAAAAAUGAAGCAGUACCUCAAAAAGCUCCAAGUGACUUGGGAAAGCCAGCUAGAUUACUGGUGUAAAUUUCUUUCCUUUGAAUUUGAGGAUUUGACAAAUGAUUACAUGCAUCCUUUGAAUUAUCUGUAGAAUGUGUUUGUUGCAUUUUAUUGGUAGCAUGUCAAGUAGUAAAAAUUAUAAUAAAAACAUUGGCUGACAUUUGCAGUCCCCUGGUUACUUUUUUUAUUUUCUCUGUCAGGUCCUUGACUGUAAUCAGAACUGCUAUAAAUAAUGUAGCCAUUAGUGAAAAUUUCUUACAGUAAAAUUACCCUCACAGACUUAUUUAUUAAUUUGUAGAUAAAAUUUUGUUCGUUCUACGCAAGUUCUGAUUGUAUUUGAUUUAUUUCAGUUAUUUUGGUGGUUAUUGUAUAAUGUUGAAACAUUAUUAAUGUCUUUUUAUAAAACUUCAGUGAAGUUGAACCACUUCUUAAAAUGGCAGCUGAUAAAGGUGUAGAAGAAGCCAAGAGAGCUCUUAGGGACUUGUACCCACACAAAUACCAGUAAUGUAAUCAGGUCAGUGUCAGUGAACUUGAGUCAGUAUACUGAAUCUCAGUGCAAACAAUCUUUGUAUUGACUCGAACAUUUAACAAGUUGUUCUUUCAUUAGUAACUCAGCUAAAUUUUUAAGACACUUUAAACAUCCAUACUGCCACUGAUCUUUUAGUGUCUUCUUCUCCUGUAACCCCUCAGUAAGGUCCUGCAAACCUUCAAUAUUUCCUUCAAAACUCUGACCUACCAUUCCCUGUGAACUCACAUGUAAACUUACAAAACUCUAUCAGCUAUGUUGUUAGCUAAUGAGAAAGAAAAGAGUAAUAUGACUUACUGGUAUGCCCUUUUCCACCCUAUUUCCUUUUAAAUUCUAAAAACUUAGUUACCUUGCAUGAAGCAUUAUUUUAAUAGUAAUUUUAUUAUUACAAUUUAAUUUCUUCUUGAAAAUCAUUUAUCUGUUUAUAAGACCUCAGUCAGUUUCAUCUCCACUUUUGGUUAAACUGCUUGCUUAGGUUCCUAUUGAAUUGUGUUUGUUUUUUGUAUUUUUCAGGUUAAAUGUAUUUGCUAUCAUCAGCUGAGUAGUUGCCAUUGCUCUUGUACACGUCAACUUGGACCUUUUUGCCAAAGUAAACAAAUGCUUUGUAAAUAGAUUUUGAUAUUAGCAUUGACUGUGGGAUUUAAAAAAAGCCGUAACAUUGCAUUAAGGCUGCUGGGUUUUAUGGUUACAAUACUGUUUCUGCUAACGAUUUGCAAAAUCGCAACAAAAACCUUUGUUUGAAGGCUAGUUUACAAAAAAGAAAUAAAAAACAGCAAACAACCACACUUUUGAACUAAUUAGAGUCAUUAUUCAUUACAGUUUAAGUCUUUUUGGCCUCCUGUGGCGGCUUUCUGCCCAUAUAUAUGGGAAAAUAUCUAUAUGUUUGCAUUCUAUCCAGACUGCAUUUUGCAGGUUUUACAACCCAAAUUAUAUAUUUCAUGUUAGUCUCACUGAGUGGAUAUAACACUUGACAGUCUGUUGACUUUAACAGAGCAAAUACACAAUAAUUUAUAGACAUAGAGAGGUUUAUUUAAAGAAGCAGCAGAAACUUUGAAACAGUGUAUAUUAUUUAUUUGUAUAAAAUAACUAUGUUAUAUUAUAGGUAGUGAAGGUUUAUUUUGUUCUGGGCUGUGAAAAUUAUACCAGUGUAGCUGGCUCAUUGGGUGAAUUGUACAUUUUCUGAUUUUAAUGUUUCAGCUCUACUAAUAAAAAAACUGUCACUUAAUAUAUUGUCAAUAAAAGUAAUAAAAUUAUGACUUGCCUUUGUG